CGACGCUAUGUCGGGAGGGCGCGGUGGUCUCUCAGUCGCCAACACUCGUAGCAAGAGGUCACUCGUACGCUGUGCUAAUACAACUCUGUAUACAUCAACAUGACCCGUAGUGUGCUUACUCCACUGAGCUUAGCUGUACUUCUAGCUGUCAUUGAAAUCGGAUCAUGUAUGAAAUGUUACCAGUGCAACUCUCAAAUGGAUCCAAACUGUGCUGAUCCAUUCAAAAAUGCCGCAGUAGUCGAAUGUUCGAGUUCGGACUCCACAAACUACAACAACCAAUUCCUGCGUGGACUGCUCCCUGCUGAAAUUGGAUCAGCGAUAGGUGCCCCUAGAUAUUGCCACAAAAUUGUUAUGCAAACUGGCACUGUCAUUCGGGCGUGUUUAGAUGUCAAUCCCUUGAACAUCAACCAAACUUGUCAAAUUCUCGAUACUCCGAGGAUCGUGGAUGAGAAAUUGAAGCUGAGAUACUGUGGCGUAUGCGACAAGGACAAAUGCAACGGCGCAGGAGCCCUCACAGCGUCACUCCCUCUAGCGGCGUUAACGAUCAUUACAUCGUAUCUCUACUACAAACAAUAAUAUAGCAAAUGAUUAGUAACAACAGAUAUUAAUGGUCCAAGCUUCAUAAAAAUAUUUGUACUGCGCUUACGCUAAGGAAUAUAAACACGUUUAAUUACGUUUAUACGUGGCUAAUAAAUAUUGGUUUAUACGCCAAAUAUUUUGUAAACCUACAAUACAUUAACAUGUAUCUAUUGAACCAAUAAUUCGAUUUAGAACGUCCCCUUCAAAAAAUUGGACUGUUAUGGAUAUAUGUUUUUAUUUCCUAUCAAUGGUUACUUUUCUAAUAAAUUACAAUAACAUAUCGGGUAUAGUGUUGUGUUACAUUAAAAUUUUAUACACAAGGAUACAAUGUAAAAGUACCUAUUUUUCAAGUGUCAUCAAUGACCAAGCCAAAAUAAUUAUUUUAAUAAACUCUAACUACCGGAACUUAAUGUAUAAAAUACACUUAUAGUUCUAUAAUGUAGAUAUACUUAAUGGGGACAUAAUAAUCAUUCACGUAACAUAGCUAACCUUCCUCAUAUAGUGUUAAAUAAUGGCAUUUAAUAAUAAGACGGGAUCAAUUCUGAACUUUUAUUACAUAGCCGUCUUUCUCAAUAUUGGUCUCUAAGUAGAGAUCUAGUUUUAGAAUCUCAUUUCGUGAAUUGACCCAAUAUGUGCCUAGUCGCCGCUCAAAGGACAUUAAAUAUUAUAUUAAGAUGAUAAUAAGGCCUUUGAGAAAAUUAAAGACCGUCCAAUAUCAUUGUUGUUACAUUCGCUGUGUUGGUUAGUUUUAUUAUAUAAGUGUAUGUUAAUAAGUGUAGCUUUAAGUACUUGUAUAUUAGAUGGAUAUCACCAGCUAAUUAUUAGCUACGAUUUUAAAUUGUAUUUUAUAAUUUCUACUAGUUAGAAAUUUUAUUUGUAAUUUGUGAGAAAAUUAACUAAAAUUUUGGUUCAUCUUUAAGCCAAGAUAAAAAUAAAAAAAUAUAUAUAAUUUUUGGGUUUCACUAUAAAAUACAUAACGCUGUAACGAUAUGUAACUAUACAAUAAUAAAAUUAUUAAAAAUAUAUUGUGACAUAUUUAUUUGUAUUUUAAUAAAAAAAUAAAUAAUGUAAUAAAAAUGGGUAUUUAUCAUCAAAUUACUAUAACAUAAUCUUUUUUAAAUGAAAUCUAUCAUUUCAUAGGAUUUUAAUACUGCCUUUUGAUACUUUGGCGCCCUGCAUACGGAUGAAAUAGUUUCACGUACCAAAUUCCAAAAGCAUCAUGUAAUAUCACUUUAUAUAGAUAUAAUUUAUCUCAACAUUUAAAUAAAACAAAAUUUAAGAAUAUAGAAGAAGAUUUCUACUAAGCUUCCUCAUAUCAGCUUGAAUUAAAAUUGCGCUUUAUAUUUUUAGUAUCUCUAACUAUGACAAGUAAUUUUAAAAUAUUAUAAACUAUAUAUUAUAAAGUUUAUAAUAUUACCUAUAGGUAUAUUCUGUUUUUAUUUUAUUAUUGUUUUUAUUUAAAAGGCAGUUAAAUACUCGAAAAAAAUACAAGUUCCCUUUCAGAUAAAUCCGAUAUAAACGGCUUAAAAGUUAAUAUGAUGUGAGAUACAAAAUGUAGAUUCAUCUUAUGACUUCUCAACAUUUUCUCGUAUCAUCAUGCAUCUUUCUUUCCAAUGACCCUGCAAGUAAGUACAUAAUUGAUUAAUCUGGCAGAGGAAUUAAAAAUGUAGCGAUGUAAAUGUAUUUAUCGGAGAGGAGGGGGAUAGGAUUAUUAAUAAUGUGGAUAACCAUUGCUAGCAAUAUACCCUGUUAAGUCCACCGCCACGUGAUUCCCUUGGAAACCAUCGUACUGAAAUCCGAGUGUAUUUAUCACAACAGGCUAACUGACCUGCCUUUUCAUUCUCAUGUACCAUCCCUCGCUAGUACCCUGCCAGCGUAUACCGUUAGCAUUACUACAGAUAAUAUAAUUUCCAUACCAAUUUCAUUACCAUUCAUUAAAAAAAAUGUAUCUGUCGAUUAAUAUUAUGCCCUCAGUAAGAGAGGCCUAUUAAACUGGGCGGGUUAAGCAAAACAAAUCUUGUUACAGUACUUGUAAAAUAAGUUUUUCCCCUAUCUCAAGUCGCACCAUAUUGUUAUCUAUUCAAUUCUAACAUUCUACAUCAAAUUGGUAUAUUCAUUGCAUUGUUCCUUCUACUUAUUUGUUGUGCUCUAUCAUUAAUUUUGGUUAUGUGGUCAUUUACUUAAUUUCGAAUUAAAAUUCUCAAUUAUUAAUAUAA